AUGGGUUGUGGGUCCAGUAAAAUGGAUGAGGAGAUUGAGGGGAAGAAUAUUCGUUCUAUGACUUCUCGAGAUUCUGAUGAAUCCAAUGAUCAAAACAAUUACAACUGCGGUCGAUCUGAUGAACGCAACAGUCUUCACCGGGAAAAAGAAACUUGCCACAACCGAAAUAGAGAUCUUGAAUCGAAUGAAUGGAAACCUUUCGCAGCAGAUGAGAAACCCCAAAUGGGAGUAAUGACAGACGAAGACUAUUCACGAUAUCGAGAUACCGAGGAGCUAAGAAUGGAACACAAUUUGGCACGGGAUAUAAGUGAGUUAGAGGGUGACAAUGAAUACAUGGAAAGGGAAAUGAGAGAUAUUGAGAACGAACAUGGGUAUGAGGAAAGAUAUAGGGAGAGAGACAGAAACAGAGAUAGAGAUUAUGAAACUAGUCCAGAUAGUAGGAGAUAUCGAAGGGAUGAUGAUAGAUCAUACUACAGUAGUGAUAUCAGUCCCAUGAGUUCCAUGCUUUCUGUGCUGCAUGAAUCACCAGAGGAAGGCUAA